AGUGUUUAAUAAGUCUAUUAAUUUUAACCAAAAUAUUUUGUAAAGUUCAAAUAAUUUAAACUCUCACUUAAGUAAUUAAUUUUUAUAAAUAAAAUGACUGAAGUUAAAUUUUCUGCACGUGCCUAUGCAAAAAUCAUUUUACAUGCAUCUAAAUAUCCUCAUUGUGCUGUAAAUGGAGUGUUAUUAACGCAAUCGCAAACUUCAUCGAAAUCGAAACAAAUUGAUUUUGUUGAUUGUAUACCAUUAUUCCAUGAUUGUUUAUAUAUUGCACCAAUGGCUGAAGUUGCCUUAACUCAAAUUGAUAAUUGGGCUGCAAAUGAAGGUUUAACAAUUGCUGGAUAUUAUACAGCAAGUGAAAAUUUACGUAAUAACAGUAUUGAACGUUCAAAUCAUCGAAUUGCUGAUAAAAUUGCUGAAAAUUUUAGUCAAGCAUGUCUUGUAGUGGUGGAUAACUAUAAAUUAAGCCCACAUCAACAAACAAACGAUUUCCCAUUAAAAGUUGCUCAACAAACUGCAGAUGGUAAAUGGAAACAAUUGGAAAAAGCAUAUGUAUACCCAAACGAUGCUGCUUUGGCGGUAGCAUCAUUAGUUCGUGAAAAAACACAAAAAACAUUGAUUGAUUUUGAUAAUCAUUUAGAUAAUAUACAAUUGGAUUGGACUAAUAAAAAAAUUAAUUCCGAUGUUGAUGAAGUAGUUAAAUUAUAUGUUGAAGAAUAACGUAAUAUUUA